CUGAGAUAUCACAUGUCACCGUUCGCCCAGGGAGCAUUACAGUAGGGAAGUAAAAAGGCACUUCCUUCUUCCUAUAAUCCUCACACACCGGUUGCAAAACCGUUUUGGACUUCUUCGAAUAGUGGAAAUGAGACGUCAACGAACGUAAACGAUAGUUUGUUAAGUUGUUAUUAUAGAAUUUUAAAUAUAUUUUCUGCCCCGCCAGGUAAUGUCAUUGGGCUUUAAUCGAUCGCUUCCAGCAACGCUUUUGUUAGUUAUGCUGUAAGUCGAAGCCCAGCUUUUUCUGACUUACAAUGGCUGCUACCUAGAAUUACUUUUUUGGAUAUACGGUGGAUGAACCGAAGUACUCUGAAGAGGACCUGGUUAAUUUGUUGUUGGAUACAUCGGUGCACGACAUCAAAAUGAAAAAACAGUUUAAUCGCAUGAAACUGAUCGCCAACCAGACUGUUGGAAGGGCAGAGAAGACUGAGGUGCUGAGUGAGGACCUGCUACAGAUCGAACGGCGGAUGGAGCUGGUGCGAACGGCGUCGCACAAUGCACACAAGAGGCUGGUUUUGUGUCUGCAGGGUCAGCUGGGCACCGACUCGGAGAAACGACAUAAAAAGCUGCCACUGACGUCUCUGUCCCAGGCCAUGCAGGACGGAGGCAGCCAGCUGGGCGAAGAGAGUCUGAUCGGUAAGAUGAUGGAUGUGUGUGGGGAGGCAGAGAGCAGGCUUGCCUCGGUACUUAUGCAGCACGAGGUCACGCUAGAGCGGGACGUCCUGGAGCCUUUCAAUCAGCUCACAGAGGUGGAAAUUCCAAACGUGCUGAAAAUGAGGAAGCAACUGGGCAAGCUGGUUCUGGACUAUGACUCGGCUAAGGCUAGGUGGUACCAGGCGACAAGGACCAAUAACCAGGCCAUGGCGUCAAAGGUGGACUCACUCAAGGACGAGAUGGAUGAGGCUCUUAAUAAAGUAGAAAUAUGCAAGGACCAGCUUUCUGCGGAUAUGUAUAACUUUGCUUCAAAAGAGGGAGACUACGCAAGUUAUUACGUUUUGCUAUUGGAGGCCCAAGCAGACUACCACAGGAGGUCUUUGGCUGUACUAGAAGCGGCCAUCCCUGCCAUUCAACUGCAGCAAGACUCGUGGAUGGAGAAGCCAGCGUUUGGCACGGCCCUGGAGGAGCACCUGGAGAGGAGCCACCGGGAGAUCGCCCUGCCCCUGGAGGCCUGUGUCAUGAUGCUGCUUGAGACUGGCAUGAAGGAGGAGGGUCUCUUCCGCAUCGCCGCUGGUUCAUCCAAGCUGAAGAAGCUGAAGGCGGCAUUGGAUUGUUCCACGUCGCAGCUGGAGGAGUUCUACUCAGACCCCCACGCAGUAGCUGGAGCACUCAAGUCCUACCUCAGGGAGCUUCCGGAACCUCUGAUGACGUUUGGCCUCUACGACGAAUGGUUACAGGCCUCAUGUGUGCCGGAUCCGGACAAGAGGCUUCAAUCGCUGUGGUCAACAUGUCACAGUAUGCCAAAUGCACACAAGGCCAACCUCAGAUACCUGGUGAAGUUCCUGGCUAAGCUGGCGCAGGACAGCGACGUGAACAAGAUGACCCCCCCUAACAUCGCCAUCGUCCUGGGGCCCAACCUGCUGUGGCCCAAGACGGAAGGGACCCUGGCAGAGAUGGCCGCCGCCACGUCUCUCCACGUGGUCGCCAUCAUAGAGCCCAUCAUCCAGCAUGCAGACUGGUUUUUCCCUGAAGAGGUUGACUUCAACGUGUCGGGCAUGUUCGCCCUGCCCAGCCACCUGGCCACCCCCGAGCCGGACCCGCCCGGCCUGGAGAAGAGACGUCCCGGCAGCAUGGGGGGGCAGGAGGGUGACGGCCACACCCCCCGUAAAGACAGCGCUGGUAACAAACCACCGGAGCCCGCCCCGCGUAGACUCGGCACUCUAAAUAGAAAGCAUCUUAGCUUACCCGCCUUCAAGUCCCAGACUCUGCCCCUACCGGAAGCUGGGGACUCACCCACACGGCCCCAAACCCCAGUCCAAAGCCCUACCCUGGCUAUUGAUGCGGAGCCGCUCUGCCUGGUGGACGGAGGAGGUGGUGGUGGUGGUGGUGGUGAAAGUGGAGGAAGGGGUAGUCACAGGGGUGUGGUGCAGGUAGACUCAUGGCAGCCUCAGCCUUUGUCCAGCCCCACCAUUGAGAAGUUCAGCCCGGCGCGGGAAAACACAUCCACCCCCCCUCCUCAGAGGAAUGGAUCGGCCCCCCACCUGACUGUGGGCACGCCCCACUCCCAGGGGGGCUCCCGAGGGACAAGUCCACACAUGAUGCGCAGGGGUACCAAGAAGCAAGCCCCAGCCCCUCCCCGGCAGGCCAGCCCCUUCACGCCGCAGUUGGGCAGCCAGCAGACCCCCGGCUCCGCCUACCACCCGCCCAUCGCCCCCAAACGCCACUCUGGCAAGGAGAGCCCCCAGAUCCACGCGCCCAGCCACCCUCCCCCGCAGCCGCCGCUCAGCCCCACCCCCCCGGUGGCGGGAGGCGCGGGGGAGACGGACCGCUCCCCACCCAGCACCCCAACACCCCCCAGCACCCCUCCUCUGGACGCGCCGCAGCCCUACCCCUUGGUGCACUCCUCCUUCCACUCGGGGUCGCUGCCUCGCCCAACCAGGCCGGCCCCCAAGCCCCGCCCCCGGCCAAGCGGGCCACCGCCCCCACAGCCGCCGGCCAAUGAGGGUGAGAACGGCCUCCUCAACUCCGCCUCUAAAGUCAUAACAGGCAAAGAGGCAAGCCCCAUCAUCAAGCCGAUUGGACGAGCCCUGAUUCCUGUGGUUGCUGUGGACCAACCGGAGGAGAGCUCUGCUGGUGAGGAGCCCUCCCCGUCCCCAGUCCCCCAAUCAGAUCCUGAGGACGUGUUGGAGAGCACCAUCAUGUGAGGAGCGACCUGGAGGUCACCAUUCUCACUGACCAGCCAAAAGAUUUUCUUCUCCAAUCCGCUUGCAGAGAUCACUCAGAAACAAGCACAUAAAACCCCCGGACUGGAGGUCCUAUAUUAUAGAAAACAACAAAACACGCAGCGGUCCUCUUCUGAUGGCUUGAACUGAGACUAGACCAUAUAACCUCCUGUAUCAAGUUCAUGUCUGAUAACAUGGGAUCAGUCUUGCUUAUGACAAGGUUUUGUAUUAUUUUAUACUUUAAGACUGGAACUGUAUAACCUGGACUCUAUACUCCCUAAUCUUACAGAGCACAUUCAUUAUCACUCCCAUUUUCUCUGAGUUGAUUUGUCCUCGUACUAUGCCUAUUCACAAUGCAGACAUUCUCUAUAUUUUCGCUAUUUUGUAAUCUGCAAUUCUGUGUUUGAAAUUGUGAAUCUAUAUUUUUUUGAAAGAAUUGUCAAUAUUGCCUUUGGUUUUGCAAUUUGUAUAUGUAUGUAUAGAACACAUGACCUUAUUGGACCUAUUGUUCAAUUUCAUGGUCAUGUGAGCAAAAAUAUGGUUGAAAAGGGCCAAAAGAAAAGAAUGUUGAAAUUAUUAGUUUCCUUCGUUUUAUAGCUAAUAACCAAAUAUUUAGGCCACAAAGAGUGCAAUAUAUUAAAAAUAAUGGCAAUAAUGGCUUUGGUCUGAUAAUCGUCUUUCAUCAAUACCAAGGUGUUGACCUAUCUUGUUUUUUUGGUAUUGUUUUUUUUUUACCUUUUUCUUAAAUAAGUAUUUUGUGACCAAAACCAAGUUCCAUAUCUGUAAGUCUAAAACAUUUACAGAGUUGUGACACUGUGUCUUAAAGGGAUUAGUAACGUUUAUUUCUCUGUACAAAAUAUCAUUUUUUCAUUAAAACAAUGCAUCUUUUACUGCUUUAUUUUAACAUGUUGCUCUAGCCGAGACUUAAAUGUUUUUUAUUUUAUUUUUUGUCUAUUGUCAAUGAAUGUUUCUGGGGUCUUUCUCUAUAAUCUUUGGCGUCACUCCUGAUCAUUUCCUAUAUCAAUAAAUGCCAAGUGGGUCAA